CUGUACUCGGACAGAGACAACUGUGCACCCACGUUGUCUCUCUUGGAACGCUGCGUGCGCGUGUUCCAAUAUCAGUAGAUUUCAGUGAACCUAACAGCAACGUUGACGGCUGCAAAGUUUCAUUUCGGAAUACAGCCAAAAAGAUAUGAAAAAAUCAGCUGUUUGUUUCCACGCUUGUGAUGUAUCGUGCACUCCGGUGCAACCGCACACUUCUUAACUUCUUAUUUCUUAUUUAGUGGUUCGCAACUCGCAACACCGAAGCAGCGAGGGUAGAUUGUUACGUCCGGUUGUUGCGAUAGCUUACGAAAUAUAAUAUCGGAGAAAAUUAAAGAGAGGAAAAAGAACAGACUUAAUCACGUGAAAAAUACGCAACAGUUAAUGACGAAUAGCUCAAGAACAAGAAAAAUCGCUCAAUCAGUAAUUCACGACAAUGUUUCGGCCAGCGAAAAAUUUGGUUUCUACAAUACAACGCGUGAAAGACUGUACACCACUUCUAAGAUGCACUCGACAACUGUCAGAAGCUUUGGAAUAUGAAUCCCCUAUCACCGAUGAAUACAAAAGAGGACCGAGUGAAGGACGGUCUUUGUAUCUCGAUGCCCAAGCCACCACACCAAUGGAUCCAAGAGUGGUCGAUAAAAUGUUGCCGUACAUGACAACUUUUCAUGGAAACCCUCAUUCCAGAACACAUAUGUAUGGUUGGGAGUCAGAGGCAGCUGUCGAACAUGCCCGCAAGCAAAUCGCAAACUUGAUUGGAGCAGACAAGAAGGAAAUUAUUUUUACAUCCGGAGCAACGGAAUCCAAUAAUAUAGCCGUUAAAGGAGUGGCGAGGUUUUAUAAAAUGAACAAAAAACACAUAAUCACAACUCAAACAGAACACAAGUGUGUUUUGGAUUCAUGCAGAGCACUACAAGCUGAAGGUUUUGAGAUCACUUAUCUUCCGGUCAUGCCAAAUGGCCUCGUAGAUUUGGAGCAACUUGAAGCUGCAAUGAGUCCGAACACAUCUUUAGUUUCAAUAAUGGCAGUCAACAACGAAAUUGGCGUUAAACAGCCGAUAGAAGAAAUUGGUGCCCUGUGCAGAAAGAAGAAAAUAUUUUUCCACACGGACGCAGCUCAGGCGAUUGGAAAAAUGGAGAUAGACGUUAAUAAAUCAAAUAUAGACUUGAUGUCAAUAAGCGGCCACAAAUUGUAUGGUCCUAAAGGCGUGGGGGCACUUUACGUUCGUAGAAGGCCGAGAGUACGUGUUGAAGCUAUUCAAAGUGGCGGUGGACAAGAAAGAGGAAUGCGAAGUGGAACUGUACCAUCUCCUCUUGCUGUUGGACUCGGGGAAGCUUGUGAAAUCGCUGGUCGAGAGAUGGAUUACGACUGCAAACACAUAAGUUUCCUAUCGAAUCACCUGAUAGCAAAGUUGGAGACGAAUCUAACAGACAUUGUGCGAAAUGGCGAUCCUCAUUCUUGGUAUCCCGGUUGCGUGAAUUUUUCGUUCGCUUACGUCGAGGGCGAAUCAUUAUUGAUGGCGUUGAAGGACAUUGCUCUCAGCAGUGGUUCCGCUUGUACGAGUGCAAGCCUUGAGCCAAGUUACGUUCUUAGAGCGAUAGGAGCAUCCGAGGAUUUGGCUCAUUCCAGUAUAAGAUUUGGAAUCGGACGUUUUACGACACUCGAAGAAAUCGAUUACACAGCCCGAAAUACAAUUCAUCAUGUAAAACGUCUUCGUGAAAUGAGUCCUCUCUGGGAGAUGGUCGAGGAUGGAAUCGACAUUAAAACGAUCAAAUGGACUCAACACUAGGGUGUAUUCGUUUUUUUCUACGAGAUCAAAUUUGCGGAAAAUUUGUAGUUCAAUGGUUUUUCAACUGUUGUUGCAAACUACAAAGUAUAUUUUAGACGAUCAACGAUGAGAUCGACAUUGCUGCUUAGCUUUUCAGUUAAAGAAGACAUAUUCCAUCUUUGUAAGAAUAAAUCAUUCAUGAAAAUUC